AUGCGGUUGGAUAGACUCUUUGCGAGUGCUUUGUGUCUUUCGCAGAUUGCACACUGCCAGAUUGGUGCCGACUUGGGAACGACUAUCGCAAAGUACCCAGAACUCAGUCAGUUCGGCAAAGUGCUCAAUGAUAACCCUUCCCUGACAUCUGUGUUCCCGGCCAAUACGACUCAUGGGAUAACACUGCUCGUCCCAAAUAAUGAUGCUUUCGAGAAGCUCUACAAUGAGACCGGGGUGUCUAUCGAAGGCAUUGGCAACAAGCGACUUGUCUCCAUUUUGAAAUAUCAUAUCAUGAUGGCGAAUUUGACGAGCCAGAACUUCACGGACUCGCGUGGUCUCACCGUACCUACGCUGCUCAGAGAAGAGCAGUAUAACAACCGGACUGCUGGCCCAGCUCUUGUUGACAAGUACGGCAAAGAUCCAGCUCAGGGGCAAGUCGUCUACAUUUCCAAGGAUCCCAUCAACCCUGCGAAGCUGCGGGUCAGACAGAACACGAGCAAUGUCAGCCUCAGGGGCGGUCUUGGGAGUGUUGCGAGUAUCGAGCCCGUGAAUGCCCAGUGGUCUCUGGGAUAUAUCCAAAUCACAGACACGUCUGCGUUAUAUCCCGUGCUCGAUCACACACCGAACGUGACAUGCCUGGCUCCGAGCACCGGUGCCUUUCAGGAUGCUGGCAGUCCGGAUCAGAAUCUCAACCAGACGGAAUUGAAGAACGCGCUCUUAUUCCAUACACUGCACGAAGUGGCGUACACAGAUUAUCUUGUCGACGGCACGAGGCUCGAAUCUGCUGCCGGUUUGGAUGUCCUGGUGACGAUCAAGGGAAAUGACAUUUACUUCAAUGAUGCCAAAGUCAUCAGUCCUAAUGUCCUGUGA